AUGUUGCAAAAUUACAAUGACCCGGAGAAGUGGUUGGCCGUCAAAAAUAGCAAAGUUUGGGAUCUAGAAGAUGAAACGAAGAAAGUUCAAAAGAGUUUGGAACUGAGCUUUGAUAAUCUCCCCAAUUCUAUGGCCAAGCAAUGCUUUGCAUAUUGUUCCAUCUUUAAGAAAGAUAAGGUUAUGGAAAGGGAGGAACUGGUCCGACUUUGGAUGGCUUUAGGGUUGGUUCAAGCAGAUGAGGAAAAAGACAAGGAGGUGGAGGAUGUGGGAAAUGAUAUUUUUCAAAUUUUGGUUUGCAAUUCAUUGUUCCAAGAUGUUGAAAGGGAUGAGUAUGGUCACAUCACUCGUUGUAGCAUACAUGAUUUGGUGCAUGAUCUUUCAUUAUCACUUUCAAAACAUGAAAACUUAUGUCUGGUGGAUGCGACAAAUGACGACAUUGCAUGUAUCCCUCAGGUUAAACAUCUCGCUUUUUACCAAGAAGAGAACGAGGAUGAUGAAUUCACAGCCAAGAACCGUGGAGGUGCCAAUGGAAACGAUGUGGGUGUAUUGGAAGGCUUGCAACCCCCACAAGAUGUAAAAAAAUUGACAAUUAUUAAUUUUUCUGGUGAUAAUUUUCCGGAUUGGGUGAUGAAGAUGGCAAUCCAUAUUGAAGGGAAAUGGACGCCCCUUGACAAGCUGGUGGAGAUUAGAUUAUCUGGAUGUAGCAGCUGCCUCUCUCUUCCGACGCUUGAGCACCUACCACAUCUUCGGGAACUUGAGUUAUUGGGAAUGGACAACUUGACAUGUUUAAGGAGUUGCGAUGUUACCGGAUCAACCAAGCCUUUGUCUCCAUCAUUGAGAUCGCUCCGACUAGAUCGUAUGGAAAGACUGGAAAAGUGA